CCAGCGUCGAUGGCAUGCGGACGAGAGGGCCGAUAGCUGCGGAGUCAUACCUAACACCUACUUUGAAAGUACUUCGCAUCGGCCUUACUGCGACCCCGGGACUGGGAAGUUAUUUUUGACAGACAGUAUGCUAUCACAACCGGCAGUCUCAUUUCCCGUCGACCGGCUUCGGAUGGACGAAACGUGUUGUUCUACAUAAAACUGCUAGUAUUUCUCGAAUGUUUAACUCGAACCUCCCUUUCACUCCAUCAAUUACUCUGCGACUGAAAGAUGACAACAUUCGUUAAUACCAUUCCAAAAAUCAGAGAUGCUCUUCAAGCAACCUUCCGUAGCGGAUUGACGCGUCCCUUACCGUGGCGUCAACACCAACUAUACCAGCUUGCACGCAUGGCGCAGAAUGAACGCGAGCUCAUUUGCGAUGCCCUAUGGAAAGACCUCGGAAAGCCAAAAACAGAAGUCCUGUCGAAUGAAUUGGGAAACGUCAUCGAUAGAGCCGUGAAGAGUGCACAACGGCUCCCAGAGUGGGCCAAGCCUGAACAUCCUGAGGUGGCUGAUCGGCAGAAACCAUGGAACCCAACGAUAUACAAGGCUCCCAAGGGCACCGUGUUGAUAAUCUCGCCAUGGAACUUCCCUAUGAUGCUCUCUUUCCAACCUCUCAUUGGAGCGAUCGCAGCAGGUUGUACCGCCGUACUAAAACCUUCCGAGCUUGUCCCUACCUUCUCACAGCUCUUGGAGGAAAUUGUGCCGAAGUACCUCGACCCGAAUAUGUACCGUAUCGUUAACGGUGGUAUCCCUGAAACUUCAAAGCUUCUGGAGCUUCAAUGGGACCAUAUUUUCUACACGGGCAAUGGCAAGGUCGCUAGGAUCGUUGCCAGCGCCGCAGCUAAGCACCUGACGCCACUGACACUCGAAUUAGGAGGAAAGAGUCCUGUCAUUAUCGACUCGGCCUACGAUGUCGAUCUGGCCGCAAAGAGGAUCUUGUGGGGCAAGUGCCACAAUGCAGGACAGAUUUGCGUGGCACCUGACUAUGUCCUCGUACAACGGGACAGGCAGGAUGAGCUGGUCAAGGCAUUACAAAAGCAUUAUAACGCAUUUUUCCCAAAUGGUACGCUGGACUCGCCAUCGUUUGGAAGUAUCGUGUCACAUUUGCACCACAACCGCCUCACUUCACUUCUUUCCCGCACAAAGGGUGAAGUCGUUCUUCCGGGUCGCGCUGACGCUGCGAGGAAGAGACUCGAACUCACCAUUGUCAAGAAUGUUGCGGACGGCGAUUCCUUGCUGGAAGAAGAACUCUUUGGCCCAAUAUUGCCUAUCGUGCCCGUGGAUUCUCUUGAUCAGGCAAUCAACUUUGUUAAUGCACGAUCUCAUCCGCUAGUCCUGUACGCUUUUAGUGACGACAAGGGCUUGAAGCAACGGCUUGUCUCGGAAACACGGAGCGGUGGCAUUGUUUUCAACGACACGUUGCAACAGCUCGCAGUGAGCGAACUACCAUUUUCGGGAGUGGGCGAGUCAGGCUACGGAGCCCAAUUUUCGAAAUAUACAUACGAUACGUUCACGCAGCUUCGUAGUUCUAUCGACAUGCCGAGAGAGGCUGAGGCGAACCUGGCGAUGAGGUAUCUGCCUCACUCGAAGGAGGCGGUGAAAUCCAUUACUGCUGCGGUGUAUACGCCCAUUCCACCAAGCAGCUUGUGAGAUAUAUUUGUCUCGAAUGUUGUUGUAUGUGUGAGAGAUGGGUCCGAACCCGGAUAAUUCAUUAUCUUGGGUUCCACUAUGAAGUUUUACUUUACCCUACGAUACUUACUGUUAGAUCUGUGCAAUGUCACAACAUUGUCACAAACUCCCGAUAUUACGAUUACUGUACUACUACGUAGUAGACACGAGAAAGCCUUGCAUAGCACCAGUCUAUUCUCUUUGAUUGCUCUUUGAUGUCCCAAGAUAUCCACUUGAACCAAUGACUUGGUAUGAUUGAUUACCAUGGCCCAUCAAAUUUCAAACCCGG